UUUACAGAGUACAUCUCCAUAAAAUAGAUCCCGCCGUUCACUAUCUGGAAGCAAUGGCAGGGUUGAAGGAGCUCACGGACUUGAGCAGGCUGCAACUCGCUGGACUGCUUGUUGUGACCGUCGUUACUAUUCCCCCAUCAGUGACAUUACAGGACCGUUUGGGGCCAGUUUCACUCGGCUGCAUACCCAUCGCAUCCUCAAGGGAGACCAAAAUCUGGAACUCAUUCGGUUACACGGUGAACAUGGAUACUUUGUUCGUGUGGCUCACAAUGAGGUCAGCGUCAGUCAUUCCUGAUGCCAUUCGCAAAAUCCUAGGAGCAACGCUUCACAAGGACAAAUGGUACAAGAUAAUAGCCUUCCCAGAUGGCCGUUUCGAGAACCCCAUGUCCGCGACGGACCCCAGAGUGAAGAUGGAGUUGUCCAAGCACCUUGCGCCUGCCUAUACUCUCUCCAACCUACUGGUAAAUGAGAGGAACAUCAGCGAAACCAUCGAGCUCCUGCUGGGAUGGCUGAACAAGUUUGCUUCUUCUGGCGACCCAAUCGAUCUGGGUAAAUAUUUCACCCUCGCCCCUUUAGACAUUGUAGGCGACGCUGUCUUCUCCAAGCAAUUCGGUUUCUUGCGCGAAGGCCUCGAUAUUAACAACAGCAUCGCCAACGCUUCGCCUAAUCCAGUCAUCACCUGGCUGAAUAUUACGCCGUGGGGCCACCUCAUUGACACAGCAAUGUCGGCUAUCAAGGAGCGUCGGAAGGACCCAGAUGCCCGCCUGCACGAGAUCCACAGCGCCGCCUUCAACGCUGUCGCAGCAGGCAACGAAACCGUCGCCUCUGGGCUGCAAGCGUUCGUGUACUAUGUGAUUCGUCACCCAAACGCUUGGGGGCGUACGAGAGCCGAAAUCGAGACCGCUGGCCUUGAAGGCCCUGUGAUCGGUUACAUGGACGCACAGAAAUUGCCGUUUUUGCAAGCGUGUAUUAAAGAAACGCUUCGGGUAUUCGGACCGGCGCCUAUAGUGCUGCCGCGCAUUGUGCCCGAGGGCGUCCUGACAAUUGGUGACCGGACUAUCCCACAAGGUACCAUUGUGUCUAUGAACAUCUGGGGUAUGCAUUACCUUUGGGCCCCAAGUGCUGGCGAAUUCAACCCGGAUAGGUGGCUAGGUGAGGAUGCAGCGCAUCUCUCAAAAUAUUAUAUUCCCUGGGGGAUGGGCUAUGCUUCCUGUCCCAGGCAGAACCUUGCGCGAAUCGAGCUGUACAAAAUUUGUGCAACGCUUGUGCAAGACUAAACAUCCGGCAAGUUGACCCGAAGCAAGAAUGGACUUGGAAGGCUUUCUUCACUGUGGUUCCGCAUAACUCGCCGUGCUAUAUCGAGAGGCGGACUAAGAAAACCACUUCCUAGGUGCAAUACAUGUCAGCAGGGAUGCCUGGAUGCACAAUUCUCCACACUUCUGCAUUUAUGAUAAACGUUCACACUUUUCCUACUUCUGUUAGGACACUCCUCAGGUCCCAUUUCUUUCUCUCCUACUCUCUCUCACGGACACGACCUUACCAACGUAUAGCCUUGAUCAACUAUCUCCAAUGCACUAGUAGUUAGUAUAAUAUAUACCACAUAGUUUAUGUAUUCAAUUGAAUUACCCUCGUAAUACAUUUGAUCAACCCUAGACAGAAUUCC